AGAAAUCUCACGAAACGAGACGUUAAGAGAGGGGAAGUCUGACCUGCAUUAAAUCUACUUACCUACUUAGUAAGUAUUUACACUUUGUGUCACCCACCAUGUUGAAGAAGGCUUAGGCACGUACACGUUGCAGCACUCCGUUGGAAUCUUCUCAGCAGUGAUAAGUACCUGCUGUGCUCUCAAUUCUCCUCGCUCUCGAGCGGGGUGGAGCACUUUUAUGUCUCCCUUUAUUCCACACCUGGGCAGCAUUCCGGAAAGCCAGCUUCACUCUUUGUCGUCGCACUCUCUGAACUCGCUCAGGCCUCUACUAAGAGUCUUACCUGAGUUGCCUUGAGUCCUUUCUUUUCGUUCAACGAAGCCAAUCGAAGAGCCUGACGAUGGCUGGGACUGCAGAACCUGAACCCAACAACGGCCAAUCGAAGCUCGCGGUGAUGGCACCGUACCGAUACGAGCUUGUUCCACUGCCAACCAGUGAGCACACAAGAGUACUCGUUCUGCAGCCCGGCCCCAACGAUGACGAGCGAUGCCCUCUUUCCGGAAGCCUAAAACUACUGGAUAUCGCCGACGCCGAUUCUGAGCCCUUCAAGUUUGAAGCGAUUUCCUACGUGUGGGGUCGGCCUAAAAAGAGCCGCGUCAUAAUUAUUGAUGGGCAGCUGCUACGAAUCACACGCAGCUUGCGACGUGCGCUCCUGCAGACCCGGCUACCCGAUCGACCCCGGCGGCUAUGGGCCGACGGAAUUUGCAUCAACCAGUCGGACGACACCGAAAAGGGGCACCAGGUUGCUGCGAUGGGCAGAAUAUACACGGCGUCGCAACGAACACUGAUAUGUCUGGGCAUGAAAGGCCAAGAACAUGCCCAGCAAGCUGCUGGCUUGGUCGACGAGGUGAACCUCAUGAUUCAAAAUGUUCGAAAAGAUCCCAAUUUCUUAAGCAAGCCAGGAAGUUUCCCUUUUCCAACAAAAAAUGAUACAAUUGUAGUUGAUUCUCACCGGCGGCUAGGAUGGAACGUGAUGUUAGAUCACCCGUGGUUCCGGCGAGGGUGGGUGCUCCAGGAAGCAUCACUUGGGCAUGAUGCUUGUGUCCUAUGGGCGUCCGUCCGAAUGAAAUGGACUGAUAUUCUGAGAGUAGACUAUUGGUUCAGCCGUAGAGGAUACCGUGCGAUCCAGUCACAGAACGGAGAAAGUCCACUUCUUCUGCCAUCGCAUCAUUCCAACAGUUUCGCUCGUCGCCGCCCAGAGGAGGCCACUUUGUUCGACAAAGACAUCACAUUUGCAGAUUCAGUAUCAACACUGGAGAUGCUGUUCGAAGAGCGGUGGCUCGAAUUAUCAGAUCCACGGGACAGGAUCUACGCGUUCAUGGCCUUGGACAACAGCGACAGGGUCUUUGCGGAUCUGCAGCUUGAGCCAGACUAUAAACGACCAUUUCAGGAGAUAUACCACGACUUUGCCGUCAAGUACAUAGAGAAGACCGGAGACCUGGAUAUUCUCUCCUACAUAAGGCACAACAAGGAAAGUCUGGCCAGUCCCACCAUGCCAGUGGCCGAGGCGAUCCCUUCCUGGGUUCCACGCUGGGACCUGGAUCCCAAAAUCACAUAUCCCCUCACGACAGAUAUGGGUGAACACCCGAAAAUAUUCACAUUCACAGAAAAUAACUCUAAUCUCCGAGUUCGCGGCUUGAUUCUAGGCUCUGUCGAAUAUUCUACCACACAAGAGCCGUAUUGCGAAUAUGACCAGAGAAGCCUGGCACUUCAGAACGUGAUUUCGCUCUGGAAGGAGGUCGUAGCGGCGUCAAGCAUGAACGGGGGACCAUACGACGGGCGGCAAGCCUUUGCCUUCUUCGAUGUGCUUUGCCCCUAUCACUAUGUUGGGACUUUCGAAGAGUGGUCAACCUGGCGCCAAGCAUUUGCGCAGCUUUUGCAAUCAUACAUACCGGGACCAGAGCCAGACUCGGCCAUCCCGGUCUCAAAGCGAAGCGAACCAGGAACAGAGAAGCCCUCGCUCAAGACACUGGCUGAGCACAUUUGGAUGAGAGGCCGUCGACGGUUCGUGUUAUUGAGCCGGGGAUACUACGGUUUAGCGCCACCGAUCACACAGGAAGGUGAUCGCUUCGCCCUCAUCUACGGCUGCGGGACACUUUCAAUCCUUCGCCCAGUAGGAGGAAAGCCUGGGUACUACAAAGUAGUCGGCCCUGUCUAUGUUGAAAGCAAGACGGUCAUAUGGCCCAAUGAGUCGAAUAUGAUGGGUGAGGAAGGCUGCCGCGAUUGGGAAGAGUGGGAUCUCACAGAGGAAGAGAUCAACCUUUGCUGAGAGGGCCCGAGCUGCACCUGGGCACUGGCAACCCCUUCCAUCAAUGUGUCGAGUCGUCUGAGCAGGCAUGGGGGACCACAGGAGCUACAAGUCCGUUCUCCCUACUACAGAUUAUAGCGCCAUGGUCGGACAUGUACAUCACCUACCCACUCACCUUGGGACAACAAACAGGCUCGUCUUCCUCACAGGCACCAGCAUGAACCGCAUCACAGACGGCGGUGCCUCAGGAACAAUGCACAGUUGCUAAGCUCAAGGAGGUCGUGGACUUCAGGAGACAGGAAGACUUCAUGGAUGCCGACGAGGAAGAAGACCUAUCUUGCCAAUCGGUACGGACAAAUACUACUAGGGCACGUAAUGCGGGCCAUGCGCCCUGUUGGACUCGAGCAAGUCUACACUCACUCCGAGUCCCGGACCUCGUGGUGGACCGGCCUCCUGGCUAACCUCUACUGCCCAAGCGGUGCCAUAUCCUGAAGUCUCGCUGCACGGACUAGAAUAACAACUUAAGGUGAAAAUUAAUGAACUCUUAAUGUUAGAGAUCGGAUAUUCGCACCCGAAAAAAUGGAGGGUACACCCAAGCCCAAGGAAUGAACUCCUAUGAGAUAACCUCCUAUUAGAUAACCUCCCAUAGGACAACCUCCUGAGGUCCUAUAGGACAACCUCUAAUGGAAUAACCUCCUCUAGGAUAACCUCCUUUAGGAUAAUAUCUUAUAAGACAA